AUGGACUCUCAGGACGGAAUCACCGUCCGCCCUAUGAGGCUGAAGGUGUUGUAUACCUUCGAUAACGAGAACAAAACCAACUGUCUCGCUCGCUGGCCUCAUGUGCUCGAAAUCCAAACCGCCUAUCUGGAUGAAAGCACCCCAGUCGGAGUAAUUGAGCUGAAGACAUGUAUUCAAGCAAUUGUUUCUGCAAGUCCUGAAUUGGUAGCACAACUCGGAAAAGACUACACAGUGUACGCCUACGACUACUCGGAAUACGAAACCCCCCUCGUGGGUCAAGGAAUGCUCUCAUGGGUCCUAGCUUCUUCUUCGCCGACACCGGAGGCCCCCGCUCACCAGUCCAAAACUAUGGUCACAGGCCGUGUAUGCACAACUCAGCUAGGUCUAUUCUCCAAAGGCGCCGGCGCUCAGGAGACCCUUGAGGUCAAGCUGCGAUUAGUCCCUGUUCCGACCGUCAUGCAAAGCCAAUACCUCGACAGCAUGCAGAAAUACCGUGCGCUCAGCAAUGUGAUCCCACACGACUUUGACGCACAAUCGUGGACCAACUUCGUGCGUCAGAAUCCCUCGCUGAUGGAGGCCGCGCGAAAUCAAUCACAGGACCGAGGAGGCGCUGGGUCUCCAAUGAGUGGAUCUGGAAUUGGGCGGUUUCAUCAGAUUCUCAGUGACGGCGCCACUCCUCGCGAGUUCUCAGGCUAUGAACGGAACGAGUCAGUGCGUUCGGUUUCGCCCUCGCACUCGUAUGGUGCUCCUAGCAGAGUGUCAACCCCUGGAGGAGUCCGGACUGCGACCCAGCAACAACCUCAAUCCAGGCAACCUUUUAACCAAAGCAGCGACAUGAUCAGACCAUCUUCAAGUGCGUCUAUGCGCGACAGUGAUUUCCAGGUGCCCCAGUCUCAUUCCAGGAGGGAUUCGAUCCAAUCUGGCUAUGCCAGUGGGGGGGAGGACAUCGACUCGCAACCGCGGAAGAGGGCCAAGUUGUAUCAAGCAGGUUGGCCUGGAAAGUCCGAUAUGAACAUUGAAAGACAGCCUAGUUCGUUACGGGUAGCAGCUAGCACAGCGGCCUCGGUUCGCAUUCAUCGCCCAACUCCUGUCAAUCCUUCUAUCGCGGCAGAGCAGUCUUUCGUUGAGCCCGUUCGUCCACCAACCCCAAUCAUGCACCCUGGACAUGGAAUGCGCCGCAUGCAGGCCUCGUCCAGCAUGUUGCGGGAGUCAUCUGUUGUCAGCUCAUACGCAUCACCGUACAUGAACAGCGAUGAUAUCGGCACAGACUUCACAGGUCACUCACCUGAGGACUCUCGUUACCAAGGCCUGUUCGAGCCUGCGUUUAACAUGCCUUCAUCACCUCCCGUCAUGAGUACGCGAUUCCCAUCGAAAUCAAGCCCUGUCCUGCCUCCUAUUGCAUUGGAUACCGAUUCUGGCUUCAUGAGCGGUGGUCUAGAUGAUAAUCUGGACGAUGAGCUGGCUACCCCGGUAGAAUCUGCCCAAAGAGCGCAAUCACAUGGCCUCACUGACGGGGGCCAGUCUCAUUUUGUUCGUUCGACAUUGCAGGGCACCUCGCCAGCCAGUGCAACUGGCACGGUAACUGACCAGCCCAAUGAUUUCAUGAUGAUGAGCGAUGCUCCCAUGCAGCAGCAACCUUCAAAACCCCAACAACAGCGUCGUCCAGACUCGGCCGCCGGGUCUCGGCCUAGCUCACGGAAUGGUAUUCGACUGGCACCCAAACCAUUACCACUUUCCACUCUCCCUCAUGGUGAGCCCAUUCACAAUCGUAGCGUUCCUGCUGGCAUCCCCGCCAGUGAUCCUAUUGGACCUACCCAUCCUCCCCUUCAGCAUUCCCAGACCUGGGCCGGGCCAAUGAGUGAUUUCGGUGUUAAUGACAGCCCGGCCUCUGCACCGCCGUCGAAAAAACCUCGUAGCGCUAAGAAGAGGGUCAAGCAGAUCCAACAACGCUUGGAUGAUGCCAUCAAAAGUGGAAAGGUCCCUCCCUUCUGCGAGAACUGUGGCGCUAUCGAAACUCCUACCUGGCGCCGGGCCUGGUCAAAAGAGGUCGUCGGCGGAGAGGAUGUUGCCAAAGAAAUGAUGCAAGACAACAAUGCGUUAUUCUACUUGUCUUUGGAACGUGAUGCCCAAGAUGCAACCACCAAGUUCAAGAUCUACAAGAAGACUCUGCAAAGCUGGGAUAAUGAAUGGACUCAGGUUUUGCUUUGUAACCCUUGUGGUCUGUGGCUCCACAAGUUCAAGACAAUGCGCCCCGAGAACAAGUGGAAUAAGGCUGGUGCAGAUGGUACCAAAAAGCGUCCUGUGAGAAACCGCAGAACUGGUGGUCCACUGUCGCUUCCUUCGACCAGGACUCGCAGCAUGGCCGCAUCAAGCGUGGCUGCGUCCUCUCCAGCCCCUACUGAGGCCUCUUCGGUACAGCCCGAUGAAGAUGCCACUCCCCCUGUGGACAAUAACCAAGAGCCGGAUCAGGAACAGGACGAGGAAGACGAGAACUACCCCAACAAGCGCCGUCGGGCUAACAGUGCUGAGCCCCCACGGUCAGCCGAGAGCUCGCAUACUCGCUGGGAGCAUGAUGAUGCUGUGGAGGCCCUCCGUCGUGCGAUCCAAUCCAGUCCUGCAAGAAAUAUGGCCCGCAAGGCUCCGCCUUUGGAUGAGACAAUUCUCACCCCAAAACCAUUGCGGCGGGCGCUGUUUGCGUCUUCCCACAAUGACAACCCUUUGAAAGAAUUGGACCCUUCCUUGAUGAAUAGUGGUUCCCCGAGGCGCAGCCCGAGGAAUGCUUCGCGUGAGGACAAGGAGGUCCUGGACAAGGAGAAUAUGGAACCUACACCGAAUGAUGACCUUAACGAACUUUUCGAGAGUCCUUCUCAGGAAUUUGACCUGCCUAUCAGCCCAACUCCUCGCCGGCGCCACCCUCGCUUCAAUAUGCAUGAGCGACGGCUGUCGUUGCCUUCCAACUCGCCAACCGCGAACCGGAACAAAGAUGUUGGAUCGGCUACCCCCUCAACUCGUCUCACCGCGGAACGCCUGCAACGUAUCCAGGAAGGCCAAAACCAACGCACAACACCUCGACAAAACCGAACCAAAGGCGGGCCCUCGUUGUUGGAUCAUGAUCUGCACUCUGAGGCAUUCGAGUCUUUUGACGGUAUGAUUCUCGACAUCUUUAAUGACGCUUCUGGGCAGCCUGACUUCUAUCAACUUGGGGGCACAAAGCCUGAUGGGACCUGGCCCGAGUGGCUUCCCACAGACUACACCUCUCCCAAUGGGUCUGAAGAAAAUGGUGAAGCUUCUGAAGACUUUAUUGAUGCCAUUCUUUCCGAUCCCCACGUUCUCAAGCAGAACCUCAACCAAUCUCAGUUCAAUUCAUUCACUUUCCCCGAUUCCCAAGGUCCCGACUCGGGCUUCUACAGUUCUGAUGCUCUGCACACAGACCCCAUGCUGCCCAAGCCUUAG